UAUUUGCAGCCUGGGAGGGAGCGAGACGAGAGCUUAUAUAGAGGGAGUGUCGCCGCGGGUGACAGUCUGUUGAAGGCAGGCCGGCGGGCGACUUUCUGGCGAACACGGUCUUUCUAGGGGGCGAAAGGCGCGACGGUCGAGACAAGCAAAUUGAGAGAUGACGUCCUUGCGAUUGACUGGAUUGGCGUCCCUUCUCUUGUUCAUCUGCAUGGUGCACAGUACUCCACUUCAGGACAGAUCACUUAAAUCGAAGACGGAUGAUCUUCAAGUGAACAGAGCGCGACGAAGCAUCAACCUGUUCCUGAGAGUGGCCGAAGCCAUGCACGGGGUGCACCACUAUCAGAACGAGGACGAGGAGCAGGUGGUGGCCUCUAUAGGGCAAAUUAGCACCAACGGCACCCGCUCCAGGCCCCGCCGUUGGACGCGCUUGCGACCCCGCUCGGCGGUACUCAGGACCGCGCUGCCGUAGCUCGUGGAGCGGUGACGCCGCCCACGUGCGAUGAAAUCGUUUUGUACUAGCUACAAUUAUCCAUCAAACAUCAUUUUACAUCAAGCACAAAAUGUGACUUUGCAUCUGAAAUCGCCCAAGACCCUACGCAUGAAAAUAAAACAAAAAUGAAAAAGAAUCUUCAUCUUGAAUAGUGUAAAAUGAAUAGUUUUUUGUUCGCUAGAACAGGUACCACUUCUACCGUGGUCACAUUUGCAUUACGAUUCUAAUAUCAGUAUAAUAAUUAUCUAGCUUUUUAAGUGUAACCCUAAUGAACAAAAUAAUUAUCUGUGUAAUACAUACAAGCUUCAUGUAUUUUUCACUUUGCCUUCUAUGAUGUUCUAUAUACUAUGUUAUUCAACAAAUAAAUAUGCAGUAAGUAGUAGUCUAUGCACUUCCAUCAAGAGCUCGAGACGUUGAUAAAUUAAAAUAAUGUAAGAAAGUCGUUCAAAUGACAAUCCACGAGACAGGCUUCCAUCAACGAAAAAAUGUUUUUAAUCCUCCCCACUAAGGUUUCGGGUUAGAUUCCCAUAGAACCCCCGUAGAACCUAAUGUGAAAUUUGUUACGACAAAAGG